GGGACAGAAGAUAUAUAUAUGGCGGGAUAGAUAAGAGUUUGUGUCCUGUACUACACAUAGCUGUUAACGAUGAAUGGUGUCACAGGAACUCUACUCCUAUUGAGCGUCCCGGUUCUAGCCAGCUUCUUUUGGAGCAUUGAUGGACGGACAAUAAAGAGGGCAGGCGAUAACUCCAACUGGUGUUGCGAAAUAGAACCACAAAACACGACGAGUAAUUUUACCUCGAUAGAAAUACACCAGUUCACGAAGGUGAUAUGGGAGGAGAUAGAAAUCCCUGAGCACCGGUGUACGUAUGGCGAGGAGGCGACAGUCGGACCGAUAGGAUUUUACUGCACUGGUAAAAAGAACGUGUCCAGGAUGGUGGUCAGAUACGUACAGGUGCCCGUGGUAAAGCCCCUCAUACAACAGGGGGUGUGUCCCACGGAACAUGUGGUGUGUUGCGAGGGCUACACCAAACAACAGGACCAGUGUCUAAAAUCCUCUGCUGUUGACUCCCUCCAGGCCCUCAUCGAUGCGGGAUUGGUUGGAUAAGGACUGAUGACCAAUUAUCUAUAAAUCCUUAUACAUAAUAUAAAUAAAAACAAGUAU